GUGUUUCAAAUACUUGGGGAAAAAUAAACAUGAAGUUCAUAGAAAAACAAACAACUCAACAUUAGGUUCCUUUGGUCAGCAUUUAAAAGUUUUUACUUAGCUCUUUCUCUUGAAGCAAUGGCAACAUCAGAACCUUGGGUUGGACCCUGGAGGCCCCACAAACCCAGAGGGCCUAUUUCUGCACAGUUUAGGAGCCCGGGGCCGAAAUAUGAAUUGCCAUCAAUCACAGGUUGUGUUCUGCAGGAAUCUACAAAAAGAACUGCACCAGCUUUCACGAUAGGUACCCGUGUUAAAGAGCGCCCCCGCUCUCCAGGACCAGAAUUGUCUUUCAUCUCAACUGGCAAAAAUACACAGGGGAUAACGUUUGGAAAAAUGUUACCACCACCAAAAUCCUUCCAAGUCCCAGGACCAGGCACAUACUGCCCAGAACGCUCAGAACACGUGACCUUCCCGAGAGUUCGUGACUUUUCUUUGGCUGGGAGACAUCCAGAAAAGAAGAAGGAUGUUACCCCAGGGCCCGCAGCCUACAAUUUGUUUGAGAAAAAUCCCAAGGCACCAAGUUACACCCUGAAGGGACGCACUAAAAGUGGAGACUUAUACGGGUACCCGAAUCAGAAUCCAGGUCCAGCUGCAUACAAAGCUGUGAAUUCUGACACUUAUUUGAAGAAAGCCCCCCACUACAGUUUUCAAGGUCGCAACUUUAUGCCCCUGGAUAAAACAAAUACACCUGGUCCAGCACAGUACCAUCCUAAAGGGGAAUCCCUUACAAAAAGGAACGCCCCAUGCUUCACCUUUGGAGUGCAUCAUUCAGAAUACGUCUUACCUGUGUUCCGGAAAACUGACGAAGAAUGAAGCACAGCGGCUAGAAAUAAAGUUUAAAAGGCUAAA